AAACAAUUCACUAGACAAAUUGCAGAUUUAACAACAAUUUAGAAACAACAACACGCAAACAAUGCACUUGAAGAAGUCGGGGUAGAUUUAAUCAGUUUUGGCCAGGCUGUGAGUUUGGCUUCUGAUCUGUGCAUCUUCCAAAUGCUAAACACCCAUCAAUGGCCAAGCUGGAGCUAGAGCCAGAGUCAGAGUCAGAGCCACAGCCAGAGCCGCUCUGCUGCAAGCGUUGCAAGAGGCAGCUGUAAAGUUCAAGCAUUCAGCUUGCAGUCAGUACUCGAGUACUCAAAAGCAGCGCGCCACAAGAUACAAGAUUUUGCUAUAAAUAUUCAAACCUUUGGCGUUGGUGGCCACAGUUUCAAAUCGAGACGCUGACAGUUGCCACUCCAGAGCCCAGCACAGGAUACAACCAACUAAUGCAAUACCUUCUGCUGACUCUUGCAGCUGUGCUGCUGUGCACAACAUAUGCACGACCGCAAGGACCUGCCACGGAGCCAAUCAAGAUAAUACGACAGGAGCAGGAGGUCAACUUCGAUGGCUCCUACAAGUAUGGCUAUGAGACCGAAAAUGGCAUCAAUGUGGAGGAGGAGGGCUAUCUCAAGAAUGCUGGCACCGACAAUGCAGGACCGGUCGCUCAGGGCUUCUUCUCCUACACCGCGCCCGAUGGCACACCCAUACGGAUUACCUAUGUGGCCGAUGAGAACGGCUUCCAGCCGCAGGGCGAUCAUCUACCCACAGCUCCGCCCAUACCACCAGCCAUACAGCGGGCCUUGGAUUACAUAGCCACAGCACCGCCGCCACCCGCUGAGCAGCAGAGCGCCUACACCGCACGCCGGGGCUAAGUACUCUCUCUCUGAGAGCACAGAGAAAGAAAUUACGAUGGAGCGUGGGGAAAGUGUGGGGUAUUGUGAGAGGCGGAGACAACGAAAAUUUGCUUGUUAACCAAAUUUGUUAAAUCAGAAAAUUAGAAAACAUUCCGCACAUGUAAAUAAAUAUGCAA